AUGGCAACGUGCGAGCUGAAAGGCGAGCUGAAAUACAGAGAUGGACAGACAAACCAGUUCGCAGUUAAAGUAGAUGACAAUUUGAAAUCAGUGAUAACUGGCAUUAAGAAAAUAAAUGAGGAUAUCUCAGUGGUUUUGACGGCUCUUGUCGAACAAGAAAAGGGUUCGACGGGAAACUGCAAAGGAGAUGUGGAUGAUGAUGAGGAAGAGGAUAGUGACGAAGAGGAUAGUACGAAGGAAAUGGCCGCCACGUCAAACUCAGAACCUCCAAAAAAGCGAAUAAAGACCUUACGGACAUGAUCCUCAGAGCUGCUGUUCUACUGUUUUGGUAUUUAUUACAUAAAGAGGUGUUGUUAACUUUCAUGACAGAUUGUUAAACAAGCAGCCAUGAUGAGUUCGAGAAAUUGUCAGGAUUUUGCUUUAUUUUGGCUUUUGGUAAUGGAUUUCUUUGAAGUAACUUGAGUUUCUUUUAAAAAGUGGCAUGGAUACAUCAGGAACAACAGAUUACCAGUGUGAUAAAAAAUUGUUUGUGUUUCAUAUUUCCUGGCAUAAAGUUACAAAUUGACAGCAGUUAUCAGUACUUUUUUUAACAGGUGUAAUAAACCAUUGUGCAAUAAACUUUGAAUGCAAACGGUCCUAUAAUAUGUAUGGAGUUUCUAAUUGACAAAAUAUAUCUAUAUCAGUGUACCAGUUUCAAAUAAAUAUGCAAUGCACAUUGAUUGAUUUUUGUCAGAAUCCAGACUUGUUUCAAAUCAGUGUAUUAAGAUUACAAUGGAAAGUUCUUAACAAAUACUGAUUAAACAUUACCAUUAUAAAUUCACAGACAAGCCCUUUUAGACAAAAACAAUUUGCCUUGUUGAACCAUUUGAACAUUUACCAAAGGCUUAAAGUCAAAACCAUCCACACAUUAACAACAGCAUUGUCUCCUUGCAAGCAAUGACAUUGCAAAUUUAAACACCUGGGUUUUUGGCAAAGGCUAAAUUAAAAAGGGCAGUCGGAGAGGCUGAAAUUAGCUUUUGAAGAGUGAGUUCUGGAGUUAAGUCCAGUUGUUGGAUAAACUUUGUGACUCAUUACAACCUACCACACCCUGCAGGUCUAAAUAACCUUUCCAUUGUUUUUGCAAGAUAAGACUGUAAAAUUAUGGUGAUAUCUCUCUACAGUUAGACAUGAGGUUCAGUGCACAAAUAUUCCAUACAGACAUGUAGAACCUGUUAUCCAAAACCCACCCACAGAUGUUUAAAAUCGUCUAUACUGUCUUUCCUCUGUUUCACCCAUGAUAAGUAUUUGUCAAACAAACCCAAAUUGAAGAGAUGUAAAAAAAUACUCCCUUGUCAUGUGUCCUACUUGAAGAAAAAAUACUGAUAUAAAAAGGUAUUCAUCGCAGAUAAGAAAAAUGUCUGGUUAUACAAAAAGUUCCGUAAUUACAACUUUUUGUCAUUGUUCCCUCUUUGAGUGUUCCCUCUAUGUUCACAGCCAAUAGAAAGAUGGACACUGUUGACAAAUAAUGGAACACACAUUUGUGGCACCAUUUUUACUGUUUGUUCUGUCAGUGCUUCUCUCGCUGAAUAUUAACCACAGGAGUUGAAUAAAACGGCAGGAACGUUAUCGUGACACUAUCAAUCCAUUGUCCUUAUCCUACUGAAAUGUUUAGCAUGCAAUACUGGCAGCAUUUUAAAGCCAUGUGGCUAUCGGACAAAGACUUUCUCAGCUUGCACCUUCAGUGCAAAAAAAUCCAGGUGACAUCUUGGACCAUGACUUGAUUGAGAUUUCACUUAUCAAAUUUCCCUUCUAUUAUAAAAGUAAAUUUUAAAGUAUUAUUUAUUCAAAUUUUUUUUUUUUUUUUUUUUUUUUUU